AUGGACCCGGGAACAGCUCUAGCCGUGGUGUCGCUCUCUUUCGAUCUUUUUGCCAGCUGUGUUAGGGGUUUCACCUUGAUAUCUGACGCUCGAAAUAUCGGAAAGGAUGCAGCCAUCGAACGAACAAAACUCGUGCUCCAAGAGCAUCGACUCAUUGAAUGGGCUAGGGCGAUCGGCCUCAACCCUCCCAGGGACGAUGGAUCACUCGAGAUACACAAACAUCCUGCCGCUCUCAUUUUGUUCCAGCUAGAGCAGCUCCUCUCCUCAACGGACGUCUUAAAAAAGCGGUACAAACUGGAACUCUUGUCUGCGCCUGAUGGUGCUGACGAUUUGGUCCCUUCUCAACCGGCCGUCGCCUCGGAUAACUCGGCUUCGUCGAUCCUUUCGCAUAUUGUGUCAUCCGAGAUUCGCCAGGGCAUCCUCAAGCGCGCAUCUACACUAAACACCGCGAAUCGGCUCCCACGGCGUCUUUAUUGGGCCGCUGUUGACAAGAAAAAGUAUGCGGAGCUUGUGCAGGAUGUAACCGGUCUAGUCGAUGGGCUUUGGUCUCUCCUGGACAUUCCCCGCCGAAUCCAGACGUCUCGCGCGGUCAACCAGACGCUACAGCUCGCGAUCCAAACGAGUCAAGAUAUAAGUGGCCUUCGGGAUCUCCAGAAAUCUCUACAAGACUCAUUCACAGAUGCUGGUGUUAAAGACUGCCUCGCUGCCUCAGCAGGCCUGAAGGCACAGCAUAUUUUGCUCGCAUCAGGUGAUGCCCAACAACAAACGCGGCCCGAUGAUGGAACCAGCCGCGUGCUACGAGCAGAAGUCCCAACGGUUCUGGACCCUUCGAAGCUGUCUGAUAUUCAUAUGAUGACAUCAACUAUUGGAUCUGCCCUUUACCAGGGGAACACCGUGCUGAUAGAAGAGAAGCGUGUACAGCCGAGGAUGAAAGCGAAGCUUAAACCACGUGUUGAAGCUCUCGUGCGUCUACUCUCACAGCCUCCCGCGCCAUCCUUUCAGACGUUCCCUUGCCAGGGGUACACUGAAGAGCAAGGAGGCUUCCGGCUGGUCUUCCGUUUCCCAUCUGGCACCGAGAAACCUCCCUCCCUGCUCAGUGCAUUAUCGAAAUCCAGCGGGCCACUGCCAGAUGUUGGCAUGCGACUUCGUCUGGCUGCGCAGGUGUGCCAGACGCUCCUAAGCUUCCACACAGCGGGCUGGCUCCAUAAAGACAUGCGAUCUGAAAACAUCCUUCUCGUCUCUCCAACCUCUAGGCCGUCAAUUGACCAGCUACGUCGACCCUAUCUCUGCGGUUUCUCGUUCGCACGACAAGGAUCGCCGACAGAAAUCAGCGAACAGCCAUCUGAGGAUCUCUCACGGGAUAUUUAUCGACAUCCCAAGGCUCUAGGAGAGCCUUCGGACAGUUUUGAACGCUACAUGGAUGCAUAUUCUCUCGGCUGCGUUCUGAUAGAGAUCGCAGAAUGGGCACCCCUCCGAAAGAUUGUCAAGAAGCGCAUUGAUAUCAGCGACAACAGUGGCGUAACAUUAGCUGAUAUUGCAUCACUGUCACAGUGGAUGUAUGAUCGAUAUAUAACUGAAGGAUUCGCAGGAUUUCGACUCGGGGUUGGUUUUAUGAAGAUGCUUGCUCUGUGCAUUCCAGUACGAGAUAAGAAGCCAGAUUUAGCUGACUUUUAUGCUGCACUUGAAAGCAUGACCUCUUGUUAA